UUUCUCUCUUCUCUCUCACUUCUCUUUCAUAUCUCUCUCCAUUUUCAGGUCUUUUUGUAUUUUUUUUAUCUCUCUCUUGCUGAUCUUGCUCUUGAACUCCAUCGAUCUCUCAAUAAUGUCUUUGGAAUACGAGUUUCUGUUGGUUCCUUCAUCUGGGUUUGGCUCAACAAUGGCCAAUCUCCAUCUCUUGCUUUUCUUUCUUCUCUUUGUCACAGUGUUUGCCCUCUGCCUCAGCCCCGGUGGGCUGGCUUGGGCUCUGAUUUCAAGGCCAAGGAACAAACCCAUCAUUCCUGGGCCUUGUGGCACCCCUUUUCUCGGUCAAGCUUCGGCCUUUACUUCUUCUCUCACCCAUAGAGUGCUUGCCAACCUCGCCAACACCUUAAAGGCGAAACCUUUAAUGUCAUUCUCAGUUGGGUUCACUCGUUUUGUGAUCUCCAGCAACCCCAUCACUGCCAAAGAGCUCUUGAACAGCUCGGCCUUUGCUGAUCGCCCAAUUAAGGAGUCGGCUUACGAGCUUUUGUUCCAUAGAGCAAUGGGUUUUGCUCCCUAUGGGGAGUAUUGGAGGAUUCUUAGGAGAAUCUCAGCCACCCAUUUGUUUAGUCCUAAGAGAAUUUCAAGUUUUGGGGAGCUGAGGGGGAUGAUUGGGGCUAAAAUGGUGGACCAAAUUGAGAGUUUGAUGGAGAAAAAUGGGGAGGUUGAGGUGAGGAAAGUUUUGCAUUUUGGGUCGUUGAAUAAUGUGAUGGGGAGUGUGUUUGGGAGAAGUUGCGGAUUUGGUGAUGAGAGUGAGAGUUGUGAGGUUGAGGGAUUGGUGAGUGAAGGGUAUGAUUUGCUGGGGAGUUUUAAUUGGAGUGACCAUUUCCCUGUUUUGGAGUGGCUGGAUUUGCAAGGGGUGAGAAAAAGGUGCAAAAUUUUGGUUGGGAAAGUGAAUGUUUUUGUUGGGAAAAUCAUAGAGGAGCACAGAAUGAAGAGAAGGAUUGAAGGAAAUUAUAAUGGAAAUCAUCAUGAUCAGAUCAUCAGCUCUGGGGAUUUUGUUGAUGUGUUGCUUGAUUUGGAAAAGGAAAACAAACUCACUGACUCUGAUAUGAUUGCUGUGCUGUGGGAGAUGAUCUUUAGGGGCACAGACACGGUGGCAAUUCUCUUAGAAUGGAUACUAGCAAGAAUGGUUCUUCAUCCUCAUAUCCAAGCCAAAGUCGAAUCUGAAAUCGAACGAGUGGUUGGAAAUAACCGAAAUGUUUCAGAUUCUGACCUACCAAACCUCCCCUAUCUCCAUGCAGUUGUGAAAGAAACCCUAAGAGUACACCCACCCGGGCCGCUCCUCUCAUGGGCUCGGCUCGCCAUCCACGACACCCACAUCGGUGACCACUUCGUCCCGGCUGGGACGACCGCCAUGGUUAACAUGUGGGCAAUAACACACGACGACCAGGUCUGGGUCGACCCAUUAAUAUUCAACCCCGAGAGGUUCAUGAAAGAGGAGGUGUCCAUAAUGGGGUCUGAUCUUAGACUGGCGCCAUUUGGUUCAGGAAGAAGGGUUUGUCCUGGUAAAGCCAUGGGGUUAGCCACAGUCGAGCUCUGGCUCGCUCAGUUGCUUCAGAGCUUCAAAUGGGAGGUGGGUCCUGAAAAUGGAGUCGAUUUAUCUGAAUCUUUGAAGCUCUCCUUGGAAAUGAAGAAGCCUUUAAUCUGUCAGGCUGUUCCUAGGGCUAAAGCUAAAGCUGGUUGAGUGAUCACAAGAACUUUGGUUGUGGGGUUGUGGGGUUGUGUGGUUUCAGUUCAGCCAUGAUUUUGGAGUUUGUUGCUUAUGGAGAUGGAUAAAGAACAGUAAUAUUUUGUUUAAAGGGGCUUAUUUUAUGUUAUAAAUGUGUUUGCUUUUUUUUAAUUAGGGCAAAAGUUUGGAUAUAAACAGGUGUUGUGUGGCUGUUGGGUUAGUGACCUUGGUGGCUGUUGUGUUAUGUGUGAGUAAAACUUACAAAUUAUGUGUAAUGUAAUCUGUGUUUUCAUGGAGCUAGGGCAAACUCUCGUGCAAGUGUACACAUGUUUGUAUUGAAUAAAAAUGUGAUCUAUUUGUUUUUGUUUC